AUGGCUUCAAUUGGCAUUGAUUUUGGCACAACAAAUUCAUCUGUUGCUGUUUGGGUAAAUGAUACUAUAGAGAUCAUCUAAAAUGAAUUAGAUAAUUGGCAGACACCUUCUUAUGUAGCAUUUACUGACUAAGGGAUUCUUUUAGGUGAGUCAGCUUUAAAUUAAAUUCAUCGAAAUCCCCUUAAUACUGUUUUUGAUAUAAAAAGAUUGAUGGGAAGAAGAUUUUCUGAAUAGGAUGUUCAAAUUGCAAUGUUAGAUUUCCCCUUUAAAUUAGAGGCAGGAAUAAAUGACAAGCUACUUAUUGUUGUUCAUUAUUAAGGAAAAAUUUAGAAAUUUUUACCUGAAGAAAUUUGUUCCAUGAUAUUAGAGAAUUUAAAGAAAACAGCUGAUGUACAUUUAGGCAAGCCAGUUUCUUCAGCUGUAAUUUCAGUUCCGGCUUAUUUCAAUGAUCUAUAAAGAUAAGCCAUUAGGGAAGCGGGAACUAGAAUUGGUUUGAACAUUUUGAGAAUCAUUAAUGAAUCGACUGCCUCUGCUAUAGCUUAUAAUUUGGAUAGAAGUAUUCAUUAAGAAUAACAUGUUCUCGUUUUUGAUCUGGGGAGCAAAAAACUUGAUCUUAAUUUGCUAUUUAUUGAGGAUGGUAUCUUUGAGAUGAAGGAAAAUCUUACUAAUAAUAAAUUGGGUGGAAUAGAAUUUGAUAACAAACUUAUUGAAUAUUGUUGUACCUAAUUAUUAAAUAAGAAGGGUAUAGAUAUAAGAAAUAACUUAAAAUCAUUACAAAGGCUUCGAAUACAAUGUGAAAAGGCGAAAAAGGUACUUUCUUCCGCUGAUCAAGCAACGAUAGAGAUCGAUAAUUUUCAUAAUAAUGAGGAUUUUAUAAUUACUAUUACUAAACCAAACUUUGAAAUGUUGUGCAUGAAUUUGUUUAAAUAAUGCAUUCAAUCUAUCGAUAGGAUUCUAAUGAAUUAGAAUCUCUUGAAGAAUCAAAUUAAUGAAGUAAUUCUUGUUGGAGGAUCUGCGAAGAUUCCAAAAAUUUAAGAAUUGCUAAAAGACUAUUUUAAUGGAAAGUAAUUGUAUUAAUCAAUAAAUCCAGAGGAAGUCGUUGCUCAUGGAGCUGCUACUUAAGCUGCCAUUUUGACUGGAUAACUACAUUAAUAAAUCUAGCUUUGCUGCAUCUUUGAUGUUACUAUACUAAAUUUGGGAAUAGAGACUUCUGGAGGAUUAAUGACAACUUUAAUAGCGAGAAAUACAACUAUUCCAACAAAGAAGACACAAAUUUUCACUACCAAGAAUGAUUAUCAAACUGAGGUCCAAAUUAAAAUCUAUUUCGGUUAUAGAUACUUGACUAAAGAUUGUCUUUUUUUAGAACAAUUUAAUUUAACUGGUAUUUCUCCAGCUCUCAAAGGAGUUCCUGAAAUUUUGAUAACAUCUGAGAUUGAUUAGAAUGAUACACUUACUUUGACUGCCCAAGAUCUAACUUCAAAGAAUAGUAAUAGCAUAAUUAUAGCUAACUUUAUUAACGGGCUAACAUCAGAUUAUAUUGAGAAACAUAUUCUGGAUGCUGAAAAAUUAGAAGAGGAAGACAAAAUGAUAAAAAGUAGAAUUGAAGACAAGAAUAAUCUCGAAUCAACGAUAUAUCUUAAUAGAAAUAUAAUUCAUAAUGAAAAGUUUAACCUUAAAUUCUCUAAUUGUGAAAAAUCAUAAUAUUAAUUGAUAGUAAAUGAAACAAUAUAAUGGAUUCAUAAAAAUCCAAAUGUUGAUGUUAAAGAGUAUUAAAUUAAGUUGCAGAAACUUGAAGAAGUUUAGCAAUAGCUUAAUUAAUAGUUCUGUUUAGACGAUAAUGAUUCAUAGUAAGCAAAAGCAUGGUUUGAAAGGAGUGUUAAAUUUUCCCUUGGCAGAGAUUAAGAUUAUUUAAACGAAUUAUAAUGUUGA